AUGGCUCCCCAAAUCCACAUCAAACAGCGGCAAGCUCGCUCCGAAUCAUGCCAACUUGAAAUUCUAGUAGUUGGCGCAGGCCUCGCAGGUCUUGGAACUGCCAUUAGCUGCGCCCUAUCUGGACACAAAGUACAUAUCCUUGAAGCGACGUCGGAAAUCAAAGAAGUUGGAGCUGGCAUUCAAGUUUUACCGAAUAGCUCGCGGGUUCUCCAACACUGGGGCUUGGGAGAAGCAUUGAAACCCCACAUGACGCUUCCACAAUUCUGCAACUUUAUUGGAUGGAAAGGAAAUUCAAUUUCGUCUUUGGACUUCCACGAGUCAGAAAAGGGUUAUCCUGGGACUUGGUAUGGCGAUUUUCAUCGUGCGGACCUACAACGAUGCCUAGUAAAUCGAGCUUUGGAAUUGGGUGUCAAGAUGACAUGCAGUGCGCGUAUCAUCAAUAUUCGCGUGAGUCCAGAUGAGACUACAGCGAAGGCAGUUGCUGCAGAUGGACGGGAAUGGGAAGGCGAUUUGGUACUCGGUGCAGAUGGCGUGUUUGGGAAAUUGACAGAGGAGCUUCUGGGGCGUAGUGAUCCACCUGUUAAGACGGGCGAUCUUGCCUAUCGCUUGCUUCUUUCGACAAAGGAGAUGAGGAAGGACCCAGAGCUUGCACCGUUCGUUAAUAACCCUCAGGUGAACUACUGGCUUGGUCCUGAUCAACAUGCUGGUAUGUAUUUACAUUUUUCCAUCUUUUGGGCUAUGCUGACUAUACAGUGA